AUGGAUUGUGGGACAAUAUGUCCGAUUUGUUUUUCCGAAUACACAAGCGAGGGAAGCCAUAGAAUAGUAUCUCUCCAAUGCGGCCAUUUAUUCGGAAGCCAGUGCAUUCAGAAAUGGAUUGGAAGGAAAAACAAGAUGCAAUGUCCUUUGUGCUCACUUCAAAGCACAAAAAAACAGGUGAGGCCGGUGUAUGCAUCGAAAGUCCAAGCUAUAGAUACCGGAAAUGAGCAGAAACUCCUGGAAAAAUGUCUAAAAGAAGAGCAGGAAAAAAACAAGUACAUGGAAAUUUGUGCCGAGCUUCAAGCUCAAGUUGAAGCAUUAAAGGCAGAAUUGAUACGUGCCAAGGAAGAAAGGAAUAUCUUUCUUAUACAUAAAAAGAAGAAGUUUAAUAUCAGUACAGGGUUCAGCGCAGCCAAUUCCCUGAUAGGAUAUGAUGAGCCAAGCUGCACUUUAAUUGUCACGAGAAAGAACGGAAAAAGUACAGGAAUCCAAAGAUUCCAAUGCUCCGACUUCGGCAAGUCUGAAUUCAUUGAGCUAGGGAAUGGAAUGUCUAUAAGGAGCAUAUCUCUAAGCCCGUUUAACGAGGGGAUUGGGCUGUUCCCAACCGAAAAUGUGUUAAACAUCGUUAACAUAUAUAAUGGCAGAAUAAUGAUGAAAUGCAAGGUCCAGAACCGAAUAGAAAGUACCUGCUUUGACAGAGAUGACAGGAACACAGUAUAUUGCGGAGACGACAAAGGGAUAGUAUACUUCAUCAACAUUUCGUCUGGUGAGCCGUUUAGAAGUUUCAAGAUAUCGAAUAUAUCCAUUCACUCCAUAUGUAAAAAAAAUCUAGUAGUCUUUGCUUCUACCAUCCACCAAACAUAUAGAAUUCUCUUUUCAGGUGAUGCCCUACCCUGCGAACUGGAGGUUGAGCCUUACUCUAUAUGUACAAAUAUGUCGGCGUAUGGAGAGAAUCUCUUGCUAACAUUUAGAGGCCCUGACUUUCGAGUAAAACACUUUAUACAGGGAAAACAAGAGAUUUAUUUCAACUCAGGCAUAAGACAAACAAAAAGACAUAGAGAUCAAAUAUACAGAGACUACAUCUACUUAGCAGACGAUGAAAGAAAUUCGGUCAGAGUUUUGAAGCUCCAAUCACUUGAAGUGGUCUAUACCUAUACGUUCAGAGAAAAAGUCUUGGAUCUUUUUGUCUGUGACAUGUUUCUGUUUGUAUUAACUAGAUUCACAAUUCAUGUUUUUUCUAAUGAUUCCUAA